UAGUCAACAUAUUCCCAUGUCCCCCUGAACACAAAUAGCCUCGAACCUUCGGAGGGUGUUCCUUUGAGAUAUUUCAUCAGUGACAUCACAGUGAUUGCCAGCUUCCAUGGACUACUUUAGGCACUGCCCAGAGUCCAGGAGUCCAGACAGCCUGGGAGGGGAGAAGGAGUUGGAGCUGAAGUUGGAGACAGCGAGGAGAAACCUGCUAUAGCCAGGGUGUGUCUCUGAUCCUCUUCAGGAGGUGAGAACAAGCCAGAGGUUCUUGGUGUGCCCUCAGAAGUCUGCCUGAAGUUCUCACCAAGCCGCUGGGAAAAUGGGGAUAAACACCCGGGAGCUGUUUCUCAACUUCACUAUUGUCUUGAUUACGGUUAUUCUUAUGUGGCUCCUUGUGAGGUCCUAUCAGUACUGAGAGGCCAUGCCAUGGUCCUGGGAUUGACUGAGAUGCUCUGGAGCUGCCUGCUCUAUGCCCUGAGACCCCACUGCUGUCAUUGUCAUGGGAUGCCGUUCUCCACCCGAGGGCACCUGUAACCUGCACUCACAAUGUCUGCUAUGGCGUAGUGCUAGGAUUGAUUAUGUGUUCUCUAAAGAUGCUGCUCCCAAGGGCUGCCAAGUGUUUGCCAGUGAAUGUUAGACUUAUUCCCCAGCUCUUAAAUGAAAAUGUGUUAGACAAGCCAUAAAGUUAAAAUUAAACUGUAUUCAUGAUGAUGUAGGAUUGUUACAAGCCCCUGAUCUGUCUCACCAUACAUCCCUUCAACCCACACGGUCUGCAACCAAACUCUAAUUCAACCUGCCAGAAGGAAUGUUAGAGCAAGUCUUUGUCAGCCCUUACAGCUAUCAUGUGAAUAAAGUUAAGUCAACUUCAAAAA